CGUUUCAUUUACAGGCUAUUACGUGAACGCUCCCUUCCUCCCACCCCUCUCUCUCUCUCUCUCUCCGCAUCCUCUGAGCUAGUCCUGCAGGAAUAGUCUCUAUUCCUCCGCUGCUGCAUCUUCCCUCUGACACAACCGGCAUGUCUGCAAACUGAGAGGCAGAGCCACGAUCCCCGCUCGGCUCCUGUUUUCAUGCUCCUUGCUGCAGGGACGGAGGAAGAGCGGUGAGAAAGAAAAAAAAUCGCUGGCGAGGCUUGCUGUUUUUCCGCGCGGGCAGAAGAGACACGAGGCUCCGACCGAGGUCUUUCCCUCACCAACCCGACGAGUGAAGGAAGCGAACGCAGAAGUGCUUCAUCAUGAAUUUUGUAAUGAAGGCUGCACUGGGAGGAGGUCCUCCAGAUGUGGGCAAGAUGCUUGGAGGGGAGGAGAAGGAGGAGGAUCCAGACGCAGCCAAGAAGGAGGAGGAGAGGCAGGAGGCGCUGAGGCAGCAGGAGGAAGAGAGGAAGGCCAAGUAUGCCAAGAUGGAGGCUGAGAGGGAAAGCAUGAGGCAAGGCAUCAGAGAUAAGUAUGGCUUGAAAAAGCGAGAAGAGGCUGAAGCAGAAGCCGCCGCUGCCGCUGAAGAGCCCGCCGCCGGCAGCUUGACCCGACCCAAGAAGGCGGUACCGGCCGGCUGCGGUGACGAAGAGGAGGAGGAAAGCAUCAUGGACACAGUGAUGAAGUACCUGCCAGGGCCACUGCAAGACAUGCUCAAGAAGUAGCUUAGUCCAUUAACUAAUGCAGACAUCACUGGCUAGGUCAGUAGGCUUCAUUCACAAAGAUGGCUUCCGUCAGGGGGUUUGAAAUGGGUAAUGCUGGUAUUUAUAUUAAAGAUCAUAACAUUUAAAGAGCAGAUCCAGCAGUUUGUACUGAAGCCUGGUUGACUGAGCUUGGCUGACUGGGCUGGUAAUAUCACAUUAGCUGUUUUCCACCACAGAAGAGAAGAGGAGGCCACGCCUCCUGACAUUCUUCCCUGUGACAACUGAAGAGCUUUCCUUGCAUCCAAGACAAAAACUCACUCCAGUUUGUAUAUAAAUACAUAAAAUAAGCCUGAAGAAGGGCAAGUCAACGAUUAAAUCUAUGGUAUUGUGUGUCUCCUAAAAGUCAACAUAACUUGAUAAGCCAUAUUUUAAAAAGAACGUCCGAGACUUCCGUUGUGUUCUCCUUAAGCAACUCAUAUGUGUUUGACCUAGUCGGAAAUGAUGUUUCGUUGCCGUGUUACAUGUCACCUGUCCCAAGUGUUGUUUCGCCUCUCGCUUUCCAAUCCCGACUUGCUUUAAGUGUGUAGAUUAGAUUAUGGAUCUGGGAAAUCCUCACAUCUUGCAUGCAGUCUGUCUCGUGUGAAUAUGUACAAUAAAUCCACUUUGUCUUUGUCCUGCAAAAAUAUGAAGGCAAUAACUCUCGAGUUUAAGUGUGUUUUCACUUUCAUGUUGAUAUUCUGACAAAUAUUAUCGGUAAUAAGAGUAAUAACGGUAAGACAUAUUAGAUACGCAUUCAGGUUUGCAGGGUUUUCCUCCAUAUAGUUCCACUGAUGAAUGUCCAUAUCAGUUCAAAGAAUAGCCAAAACCUGAGACCUUUAGCCAUAAAAACAGAACUUACCGUGUAUACACUAGUACUACUAUUGCUAUAAAAAUAUACUUUGUACAAUGAGGAGAAUACUGAACAGGUGUGUAUGUGUAUAUGGAAAUGUGUGCACACAAUUUUGAAGCUUUAUUAAUCAAGAAUGGAACACCACAAGAAUAGGUUUUGCUUCACGUGAAAACUGGUGGAUAAUCAAACAUGAAUAGUUGAGAUUAAAGGUUGGUGUCAGCUUCACUUGAGAAGAACCAGAAGACGCUGUUAUGAGCAAUAAAGGAUUAUUAUGUAUGUUUCUGCCUGAAAAUAAAUAAAAACCUUGUUCACAUUAAA